AGAGGAAUGGCAGCGGCAAACAACGGAUCAAACACAACUAGGACCUUUACAAAUCAGUUCGUACAACCGGCUUGGCGCAUCGUGCUAUGGUCGGUCGCGUACAGCCUUGUGCUGGCCGUGGCGGUUUUUGGGAACCUGAUAGUGAUUUGGAUCGUAUUAGCGCACAAGAGAAUGCGGACCGUGACAAACUACUUUUUACUCAACUUGGCUUUCUCUGACGCCUUAAUGGCCGCGUUCAACACGUUGAUUAAUUUCAUAUACGCUGCUCACGGCAAUUGGUACUUUGGAGAAUCCUACUGCAAGUUCCACAACUUUUUCCCUGUCACAGCAGUGUUUUCAAGCAUCUAUUCAAUGUGCGCAAUAGCAGUCGACAGGUACAUGGCCAUCAUCCACCCGCUGAAACCACGGCUGUCAGCCACAGCCACCAAGGUGGUGAUCGUGUGUAUCUGGGCACUGGCCGUGGUGCUGGCCUUCCCCCUCUGCUUCAACUCCACCAUCCGUAUCCUGCCCCGCCGGACCAUAUGCUACGUGGCCUGGCCCCGGCCCUCGGAUGACUCCUUCAUGUAUCAUAUCAUUGUGACUGUGCUGGUGUAUGUGCUGCCCCUAGUGGUGAUGGGUAUCACCUACACCAUUGUGGGGGUGACGCUGUGGGGAGGAGAGAUCCCGGGGGAAGCAUCAGACAACUACCACAGCCAGCUCACAGCCAAGAGGAAGGUGGUGAAGAUGAUGAUCAUCGUGGUGGUGACCUUCGCCCUCUGCUGGCUGCCGUACCACGUCUACUUCAUCGUGACAGGCCUCAACAAGGCUCUGAUGAGGUGGAAGUCCAUCCAGCAGGUCUACCUGUCAGUGCUGUGGCUGGCCAUGAGCUCCACCAUGUACAACCCCAUCAUCUACUGCUGCCUCAACAGCAGGUUCCGGGCGGGCUUCAAGCGUGUGUUCUGUUGGUGCCCGUUUGUCCGGGUAUCCAGCUAUGACGAGCUGGAGCUGCGCAACAACACCACCCGCCACCGAUCCGGUCACCAAGGCAGCAUGUGCACCCUCUCCCGCGUGAACACCAGGACCAACAGCCCCAACGAUCGCCACCACAGCUUCAAAAAGGCCGUCUCCAGCUGCCAUGGCAAUGCCAGUGUUAACGGAGAUAACACUGGUAACCAUGGCAACCAACCGGCGGUAGCCAAGUCCAACCUUUACAGUGACCCCGAGGAUAUGGCCGACGAUCAAUUCUCCUGA